AUGACGCAGCAAGCGGCAGCCGACUCCACCCCACCGCCACCCAACCCAGCCGCCCUAGUAUCAGUGGCCGUGAUGACAGUUGAUGAAAUCGAAGCACCAUCAUGGGCGCAGCCCAUCCUCAACUUUCUGGUGAGUAGAGAGCUACCAGCCGACAAGAUUUUGGCCCGACAGGUGCAACGUUGGGCAGCAGCAUACACCAUCGUCAACAGAGAACUUGUGAGGCACAGUGUCACUGGCGUGUUCCAGCGCUGCGUAGAGCUAGAGAAGGGCCAAGCAAUCCUCAAAGACAUCCACCAAGGCGAGUGCAGCCACCGCGAGGCCUCCAGAUCCCUUGUGGCCAAGGCCUUCCGCCACGGUUUCUUCUAG